AUGGGAUCAGUGUCGCUGAAAAUCGGCGACGGCACCGCCAGAUUCAAACGGGCAACACUCUGCACAUCGGCGGUAAACCUUCUCAUGAUCCUUUCAGUGCUCACUACAAAUCUCUUCGCUCUCUAUGCCUUCAAUUACUCCCCCAUCCACCUCCACCUCCACGCCCACAAUCUCAAUCCCCACAAGAACAUCUCCUUGAUCUCCGAGCAUGUCUCCUUAAUCCUGCGAGAGAUCGGUUCAUCCCAGAAAAAGCUCGCCAAGAUGGAGAAGGAGCUUCUAGGUUAUGACACCAUCGACAUCUCAAGACCCAAUAUUGCUAGUGAGCUCAAAUUGUUUCUCCAGCAUCACCAACUGCCUCUGGGGAAAGAUUCAAGAACUGGGAUCACAGAGAUGGUGGCUUCUGUAGGCCAUUCCUGCGAGAGAUCGACCGAUUUGCUGUCGCAGUACAUGAACUACAAGGUUUCUGGUUCUUGCCCUGAUGAUUGGAGCCUUGCCCAGAAGUUGAUUCUUCGUGGGUGUGAGCCUUUGCCGAGGAGAAGAUGUUUUGCUAAAGGUGGGAGUAAGUUGGGGCUCCUGAAACCUUUUCCUUUGUCUCUUUGGAGUUCUGUUGUUGAUAAUAAGGUAGUUGGUAGCUGGAGUGGUUAUGGUUGCAAAGGGUUUGAUUGUUUGAGUAAGAAGAAGUUGAGUAGGGAAUGUGUGAAUUGCUUCGACGUGGGUGGGGCUGAGAAUCAGAGGUAUGUGAAGUCCAAAGGGAAGAAUGAUUUCUUGUUGGAUGAUGUUUUAGGGUUAGGCAGUGGUGGGAUUAGGAUUGGGUUCGACAUCGGUGGUGGAUCGGGAACUUUUGCUGCUAGAAUGGCUGAGAGGAAUGUGACUGUGAUUACAAACACGUUGAAUGUCGAUGCUCCGUUUAGCGAGUUCAUUUCUUCGAGAGGGCUGUUCCCUCUGUACUUGAGUUUGGAUCAUAGGUUUCCAUUUUACGACAAUGUAUUUGAUCUGGUACAUGCGUCGAGUGGAUUGGAUGUUGGUAGCAAGGUGGAGAAGCUCGAGUUCUUGAUGUUUGACAUCGAUCGUGUGCUUAGACCAGGUGGAUUGUUUUGGUUGGAUAACUUCUAUUGUGCUAAUGAUGAGAAGAAAGGGGUUUUGACAAGAUUGAUCGAGAGGUUUGGGUAUAAGAAGUUGAAAUGGGUUGUGGGAGAGAAGGUUGAUGCAGCAAGUGGGAGGUCUGAAGUUUAUUUAUCUGCAGUGCUUCAGAAGCCAGCAAGAGGCUGA